ACAGCAAGUCGCGCCCAUCUUUGUCUUCUGCUGGAAAGCGUUGUAAAAGAGAGUUGUCUAGAUUACAAUGAGCUGGCAAGUGUACAUUGACGACACCCUUCUUGGAGCUAAGCCAAAAUGCGUAGCCAAAGCAGCGAUAUUUAGUCAGGACGGUCUUCAGUGGGCCACAAGCAGCGGUUUCCAGGUGACAGCUCAAGAGGUCACAACGAUUGUUCACGGUAUAUCAGUUGAUCAAACUCCAUUUCAUGAAAAAGGUUUGCGUCUUAGCGGAGAAAAGUACACGGUGGUGAGAGUCGACCCGGACUGUCGAAUGGUGUACGCAAGAAGAGGAAAGGACGCGGGAUGCUGCUGUCAGUUGACAAACAGAGCACUCGUAAUUGCUGUGUAUGAGGCAGGCAUGCAGGCGGGUCAGUGCAAUAACCGUGUGGAAAAGCUGGUGGACUACCUCAAAGAACAGAAGUUUUGAUUAGAAGUUCCGCCUUGAUGUCAUUGUGGUAGCAUGUACUCUACACUAUGUAGACCCUUUCGCAGUGAAUUUGUAAAGUGCAGUGGUGGCAUAGUGUGCUUUCUACUAAUUCUAGUUACAGUAAUAGGCAGUACCAGCACGGUA